AUGGCUACUAUUGGUAUUGCAUUUGGUAAUUCUACUACCUCUUUUGCUACCAUCAAAGAUGGUAAGGUUGAUGUCAUUGCCAACCCGGAUGGUGAAAGAUUCAUUUCUUCCGCUUUAUCUUACGUUGAUGGAGAUGAAUAUCACGGUCAGCAAGCACUCUCGCAAAUUGUUAGAAAUCCUCGUAACACCAUCGUCAAUUUUAGAGAUUUCAUUGGUGUUCCAUUCACUGAUAUCGAUGCUAGAUACUCCAAAUUAGCUGCUCAUCCAGUUGAGUUAAAUGGUAAGGUUGCUUAUGAAAUCAACGGUAACAAGCUUUCAAUCGAUGAAGUUGUCAAGAGACACCUGAAGCAAAUCAAAAACGCUGCAGAAGACUAUUUAGGUCAAUCCAUUGAGUCGACCGUCAUUACUGUUCCUACUAAUUUUUCGGAUGUUCAAAAACAAGAUAUAGUCAGAAUUGCAGGCGAGGCAGGUUUAAAGGUUUCCCAGUUAAUUAACGAACCAACCGCAGCUUUACUAGCACAUUUAUCUAACAAGGAUUUGUUGAAAGAGGAUAAGAUUUACGUUGUGGCAGAUUUUGGUGGUAUCAGAUCUGAUGCUGCUGUAAUUGCAGUUAGAGGUGGUAUUAUGACACUCUUAGCUACCGAACACUCAACUACAUUAGGUGGUGCAGAAUUAGAUGACGCAUUAAUUGACUUCUUUGCUGCAGACUUCCAAAAGAAAUUCAAAGCUGAUGCAAAGAAGACCGAAAAAUCCCUUGCAAAGCUUGUUGCUGCUUCUAUCAUUACUAAAAAGACUUUAUCUAACGUUCAAACUGCCAGUGUCUCCGUUGAUUCUUUAGCAGAAGGUUUUGACUAUAUGUCUUCUAUCAACAGAUUAAGAUUUGAAUUAGUUGGUAGAAAAGUUUUCUCCGAAAUGAUCGAAUUCAUUGAAUCUCUGAUCAAAAAGGCAGGUUUAGAAAAUCUAGACAUUGAUGCUGUUUUAUUAGUUGGUGGUACUUCUAACAUUCCAAAAGUUGCAAGCACCCUGUCUUUAAUCUUCCCAGAAUCAACUGAAAUCCAUGCCCCAGCUAUUGACUCUAAGCUACCAAAUCCUAAUGAAUUGAACUGUAGAGGUGCAGCUAUUCAAGCUUCUCUUAUUGCAGGUUUUGAUGAUGAAGAAAUUCAAGAAUCUUUACAGCCAGUUGUCGUGAACACCGAACAUAUUUCUGCACCGAUAGGUAUUAAAGAUACUGAUGGUCACUUCUUGACCAUUCUACCAAGAGAAACUGCAUACCCAAUCAAGAAAACCAUCUCUUUUACAAGUAACUCAAAUAAUGUUGAAAUCGAGUUUUACGAAGGUAAACGUAAUGUCAAAGAAACCGUUGUAGAACCAGAACAAUUUUCUGAUGACGAAGAAGAUAGUGAGGAAGAAGAGCCAGAAAUUGUUAGAGAAGUUGAGUACGUUCCAGGUACCUUGCUGGCGAAGAUGGUUUUGAACGGUGUUGGUGCAGGUAAGCCUGUUGAUGUUAUCGUUCAAAUUGACAGAGAAGGUAAGAUGCACUUGACUGGUAGAUCUGGUGAUGUUAUUGUUAAGGGUGAGGUCUCCCAAGCAUAA